UAGUGAGCUAAGACUCGCUAUAUAUUGACGGGUAUCUUCGAUAUCUGGCAACCCGCUGGCCCACAUUUGGACGUCGUGCAUCCUGGCACUUGCCUUCAUCCUGGCAACUAGCAAGUUCCCGGACCCAAAACAGGAACGCAGGCGUGCGAUGAGCGCGGCGGCAGAAGAGCAGGACGGCUCCGCGCCGGAGACGCUCAAGUCGCUCACACUGACGCAGGACAGCGACGCCAGCGUCGUACUGCGUUGCCCCGCCGGCGCUGCGCCGCCGCCCUCGCCCUCACAUGCACGACAGCACGGCGCUCACGUGCGCAUGCGUGCAGAUGAAGAGGGCGAGCCGCCGACCAAGAAAGCGCGCGCCUCGCCGGAAGGUUCCGACGCGUCCUUUUCUCUCAUCGCGAUGCCGGCGGCCCAGACCCGCAAGAGUUUCGAGGUUACCAUGACGACAACGGCGCCGGACGACACCGCGGCUCAGGAGGGCGUGGCGCAGAUUCAGGUCCUGUGCGACGACAGCGGCGCCGCUCUGUCGCCCGACGACAAGGCGGAAGUGUCGGCCGUCAGUCAGGCCUGGUUCACCACCAAAGAAGACAAAGACACGCUCGCCAACAAAGGUCACAAGUGGAAACAAGGAAUGUGGUCCAAAGAGGAGGUCGACAUUCUCAUGAGCAACAUCCAACAAUACGUCAAGGGUCGCGGCAUCGAGGACCCGGCCGAAAUUAUCUUCGAGAUGUCCAAAGAGGAGCGCAAAGACUUUUACCGCUCGGUGGCGUUGGGUCUCAACAGGCCGCUCUUCGCCGUCUACAGACGAGUCCUGCGCAUGUACGACAACCGCAACCACGUCGGCAAGUACACCCCAGGAGAGAUUGAGAAGUUGAAAGGGCUGAGGGAUCGCCACGGCAACGACUGGGCGACCAUCGGCGCGGCGCUGGGCCGCAGCGCCUCGUCCGUCAAGGACCGCUGUCGGCUGAUGAAGGACACGUGCAACACGGGCAAGUGGAGCGAGGAGGAGGAGCGUCUUCUGGCCGAGGCGGUGUACGAGAUGGCGGGCGUGUCUCCGGGCUCGGCGGUGACGGGGGGCGUGUCCUGGGCCUCGGUGGCCAAUCGGGUGGCCACGCGCUCGGAGAAGCAGUGCCGCUCCAAGUGGCUCAACUACCUCAACUGGAAGCACAGCGGCGGCACCGAAUGGACCAAGGACGACGACCUCCACCUCACCCGCAGGAUUUUGGAGCUGGACGUGAAAGAAGAGAACGAAAUCAAGUGGGAAGAUCUGGCGGGCGGCUGGAGCAGCGUGCGCUCGCCUCAGUGGCUGCGCUCCAAGUGGUGGAGCAUCAAGAGACAAGUGGCCAAUCACAAGGGGAUCCCGUUCCCGGUGCUGCUCAAGGCGCUCCACGAGGUGAUGAUGUCAUCCUCGCAGUCGGCGGGCGGAUCGUGCAGCCCGUCCUCCGUCUCCUCGCUGCAGAUCCGCGUGGGCCGAUUGGAGGAAAGCGGUGGCGGCUCGGCGGCGCUGCAGAUCCCGCUGCAGAUCGCGCACCUGGACUCUUCGGCGGCCGGCGGCGAGGUUGACACAAUCACGCUGAACGCCGGCGCGCUACAGGCCUUUGAGAUUAUUCCGUCAUUUCAGCUGCAGCCCACCAGCACGCCGGGCACGUACUUGCUUCAGACCACGUCCAGCCAGGGUCUGCCCCUCAGCCUGGCCAGUAACAACACAGUUACCUUGACGACGAGCUCCUCCUCCGCAUCCCACGAGCACAUCAUCUUUCACAGCCUGGCGACGGACAGCCUGUGCGCCAGCGAUGGCGUCAUCAUCCAGACGGUGGCGUCAGAGUCGCUGAUCGUGGAGACAGAGGGACGGCGGCAGGAGGAACGUCUCGACACUUCGGGUCUUCUGGAACAUUCGGAAAAAGACAGUGAGGAGCCAACGACGGACGGCUUCACUGACAAGCAGCUUACUUCGCCCGCAGCCGAGGUGCAUUCUGGGAUAGCCGCUGGCGGCGCCGUCCUGAUCGUGUCCCCUCCCAAUGUGGGCGGCACGCUGACAGAUCCCAUCUUGGAGAACCAGGAUGGGUGCGACUAGGACCAGGAGCUUGGGAAGUCAGGCUUGUUUUUUUUUUUUUUUUUUUUUUUUAAAUAUAUGAAGACUUUUUACAAGUGCCAAUUUUUCAAAAUGACGACAACAUUUCUGGGCUUGUGAUGGGAUGAAGAAGAAAUGGUGACUCGGUUGAGUUCAGGUUUCAGGUUAUUUAUUUCGUCAAAUAUUAAAUAAAAACAAAACGAAAACAUG